AUGACACCUAACGGCAAUAGGAGACAUUCGGCGUACAUGGGAUCGCCCAGAAGCCAGCACAGCUCCACGGUGGAAACUGGUUAUAAUCCUUAUGAAGCAGUACAGAAGAAACAGGAAUUAUAUCAAAACAACAACAGCAAUUCACCAACUGUCAUUAUUGAGGAGGACCCAUACAUUCCAGAUUAUAAAGAGCUGUCCCUCGCAAAUCGAAAAACAAAUUAUAACAUGAAGAUUGUCGUUGUCGGCGAUGGUGGUUGUGGCAAGACGUGUUUGUUAUUGGCAUACACACAAAACAAAUUUCCUUCCAUUUAUGUCCCCACUGUAUUUGAGAAUUACGUGACAGCAGUACAAUCGCCCAAUGGUAAAACCGUGGAAUUGGCUCUUUGGGAUACUGCGGGCCAAGAAGAAUACGAUAGAUUACGACCACUUAGUUAUCCUGACGUUGACAUUUUAUUGGUGUGUUUUGCUGUGGACAACGAAGUUAGUUUGGAGAAUGUCAAAGAUAUGUGGUUUCCAGAAGUAAACCAUUAUUGUCCUGGUAUUCCCAUAAUAUUAGUUGGAACGAAGAGUGAUUUACUGUCUGAUGUAAACCAUGAUGCAGCAAUACGAGUUGCCAAAGAGAUUGGCGCAAUUGGAUUGAUUUUCACAUCAGCCAAGACUAUGUUCAAUGUACGGACUGUUUUCAAUUUUGCAUUAAAUCAUUUCCAAAGAAAUAUGGAAUUACAGGAACAAUAUGAAAAGACAUUGGGUUCAAGAAAGAGAAUAAGUCGGGUAUUGGGUGGUAGUAACGGAGGGAGUGGAAACCAUUCCAGACAUCAUUCUAGAAACUACUCCAAUGUUUCAAACAAUAGAAGAGGCCAUUUGAAGAAUACAUCAUACGAUUCCACGGCGUUGUUAGAUCAACCAUUAACGGAAGACACCUAUGUAAAGAAUCCUUAUGGGAACUUUGGAUAUAAAGCAGGUGUUGAAAGUCCGUAUAACCAGGACGAGUUUGCAUUCACAAGAGAAAGAAAGAAGAAAAAAAAGUGUAUAAUAUUGUAG